AUCUUAGUCCAAGUAUCUCCCAAAAACAUCUUUAACUGUUUCUGAAAAACCGGACCCAAACACGACUUGACAUUUUGUAGAACUGCACACUGAUCCUGGACAUUUGUGCACCAAUUCUCCCUAAGUAAGUUUCCCAAUCAUUUAUUUUAAACGUUCCCAAAAUGGCAGCAAAUCAGUCAGGCUCUUGUAUGCACCCAGACCUGUCAAAUGGCGCCAUUGUCUACAGCGCAAUAGAUAUUUCUUCGGACCUGGAUACCCAGAGAGAAAGAGAGGAUGAGGAGGGAGAAGAAGUAGACGAGGAGGUGGAACUAGCCGAGGAAGUCGGGGAGGAUGUUUUGAUGAUGGCAGAAGCUGAAGGAAAAUGCAGAGAGCAGACAGAAAGGGAGGAGGCGAGGAUUAUCCAAGUGGCGGUGUUAACGACUGAAGGGUUAGGGUUAGGCAAAGGCGAGGGGGAGCAUGAGUCAAAAGACACAAAGGGUCCCUUUUUGGCGUCGAUAGACAUUGAGAAAGAUCAAGAACAGGCGUUAGGGAGCAGCAAAAAAAAGAAAAAACAUUUGGAAGAUAAAGACAAUAAAGAAGAAACACUGAUGACUUUCGUAACAGAAGUAGGAGAGGAUGGAGACAAUGGGUUAGAAGAAAACCAAGACUCAGCUACGUUUGCAGAAGAAUUCAGAGAGGAUAUACAGUUGCCUGCAACAAUUAAAGAUGUGACCACAGGGAUUAAAGAACAAGUCAACAAUCAAACAUCAACUGUUGGUGCCAAUAUUGUACCCUUUGAAACAAUUGGGUUAGAAGAAAACAAGGCGCAUGCAACGGAUGUUCAGGACUCUGGUUUGCUUGUAGAAGAAUUUGGAGAGGGUACCCAUUUGUCUGCGGACGACACAGAAGUUGUUACCGAACUAACGAAUUGCAAGGUAACAAACAAGAUUGUCACAUGGCAACAGGAGGACUGCGUAGAGGCAAAAGUUGAGGAUGAGGAAAGCAAAGAGUUUGCCAAAGAUGCAAUGUCGACUUUGGAUAAUGUCCUAGACAUCAGGGAUGAAGUUAAAGAGAAGUUAGGGACAAAAUACUUUGUGUCCUCUGAAGAACAGUCACAGACAGGAGGAGGGAUUGAGGAAGUAGGGAUCAACAAGCGGGAGCAAGAGGAAAAGCAAGAGCGACAGGUUGGGGUUAAUACUCUUGCAGGGACAGAUGGGGGAGGACAGAGAAUGGAAGAGGAUAGAAAGACAGGUGAUAACGUUGUUAGAGAGUCAAUGGGAGAGGAGGAAGAGUAUAGAGGUGAUCUAAAAAUGCAAGAAGAAACGAUUGUUAAAGUUGAAAACCAGUGUGCAGAUGACGUACGUUUAGACACACAGCAAGAUGUGUAUUUGGACCAAGUUGAAGAGGCGUGUGAGCUGGAGGAAGAUGGUAAAUUAGAAUUUGAAAAGCCAGGAAGUAAAGUCACUGCAGAGGAAAUUGAGUCUACAACUGAGGAGGAAGGUGAUCUACUAGAACAUCCUUCACAGACUCAAAAAGAAACCGUGAAAGAUUGGGGGGAAGGUUUGAGAGAACAGGCCCUUGUAGAAUACAAAAAGGGAGGAGAUGAAAAUAGAGAUGUAGAGAUGGCGGAAGAGCCUGUGACUGUUUUAGAUGAUGAGUUCGAAGAGAUAGAGGACGGUCCGAGGACAGAGCUUGACGAACAAGAACCUACAGUUCUUACAGCACCUCCUAAACACGCCAAAGUCGAGACAAAGGAUCAAGAGUUUCAAGAACUGCGAGAAGAUAAAGUCGAGACAAAAGAUCGAAAUUGGCAAGAUCUUGGAAAGGAGAAGGAUGGGAAACAGAAACGCGUAGAGAAGGAUGAGAAACAGAAAUGUGUCAAAAAAGAGAUAGAGUUGGAGAUAAACGGAAGAGUUAAAGGAUUGAAGCAAGCGAUGGAGAACGGGAUCUUGUGUCCUGAUCCGCAGCCACUCCAGACAGAAGAAUCGCCAACAGCGAUACUUCUGUCGCUCCGGAAAAAAAAAGAUAAUGAUGAAAUGAUGAAAAAGGGGACACCCGAGGAAGAGAGCUCGACGGAAAUGAAAUCCUGGAGGGAAGAACUGAAGCCUGCGAUGAAAAAAGACGUCCAAGGGGAAUCUGAGAGGGUGAGAAACGAACUGUUGAAAAAGGAAACAUCCGCAGAAGAGAAAAGUCUUUCUCCACAGAAGGAUGCCUGGAUGAAGGAGCUGAAGUCGGUGAUCAAACAGGAAUCCCUGCCGAAGCCGGUGAAGAAGAAGCGAGUGGUGCUGUUGGAGGAUGGACAUGCGUACAUCCCGCAGCGGGAGGAUAUGAUGGAGGAGAAGAAAGACGAGUUGAAACUGAUCUCUCAAAGGAAGGCGGAGAGUCCUUUGCCUCCUGGGCGCAGGAACAGUAAAACACCCCAAGACCAGGACUAUGAGAUCUCACUCUAUGUCAAGGCAGGAAGUGACGGCGAGAGCAUCGGUAACUGUCCCUUCUCUCAGAGACUCUUUAUGAUCCUCUGGCUCAAAGGAGUUAUCUUCAACGUCACCACUGUCGACCUCAAACGGAAGCCGGCCGACCUGCAGGACCUCGCUCCAGGAACCAACCCUCCAUUUGUGACGUUUAAUGGCGAAGUUAAAGUCGACGUCAACAAGAUCGAGGAGUUCCUGGAGGAAAAACUGACCCCGCCACGUUACCCCAGACUGGCUGCUAAACACGCUGAAGCUAACACAGCGGGCAUCGACGUGUUCGCCAAGUUCAGCGCUUACAUCAAAAACUCCAGGAAAGACACCAACGAGGCCUUAGAGAAAGCAUUGCUGAAGUCUCUCCGGCGUCUCGAUGACUUCCUGCGGACGCCGCUGUCUGAGGAGAUUGAUGCCGACGCCCCAGGAGAUCUUCCAGACUCGUCCAGGAGUUUUCUGGAUGGCUCCGAGCUAACCCUGGCUGACUGUAACCUGCUGCCGAAACUGCACAUCCUUAAAGUCGUAGCCAAGAAAUACCGCGGCUUUGAGAUCCCGGCGGAGAUGACGGGGCUGUGGCGGUAUUUAAACUGCGCCUAUCAGAGGGAGGAGUUCACCAGCACUUGCCCCGCCGAGAGGGAGAUCCAGGUCGCCUAUCUGGAUGUUGCAAAAAAAAUCAAAUGAGACAUGACGGAGACAAAGCAGACAGGAGAAAGCGGGCAGAGAUAAAUCAUGCGUAUGUUUGGGUGUUACAAUAAGUAGACAGAUAGAAGACGUAAGGAAAUCCUGAUAAAUUUACAUGAACAUACAGGAGGCUAAAUGGACCGUAAGAACAACCUGUAGAUUCCACCAGGCACAUCUGUGCUGCGUUGACAUUUGGUUUCAUACUUUCUGUAAUAAAACAUCUAAAACAAAAAUCCCAUCAGAUGGUGAACCCCAGUACAAAAUCUUAUCUUAUACAGGGUCUAAUUUGUGUCAGUGUAGGUUGUGGUGUUUUCCAAAUAAACUCCCUGUGCACACUCCCGAUCGUAUGUCAAAUCACAUUAAUAUUUUAACAUCUAAAACACAGACACAAAUCUUUGAUCGGUGUCGUAUUACGCACGCCGGGUGAAGGAACAAAACCAUUAGAAAAAGAAAAAGAGUGUCAUGCAGUGAUGACAGUUAAAUUUAGACACCAAAACAACUAGUUAUGGCUAGUUAUAAAAGAUAGCUGUUUGGGUUAAAACAGCAGUCCCCUUAAGCAGUGCUUUACUUUUCGUAUAUAGCUAAAUGUACAAAUGCUUCAUGAGAACAGCCUAAUUCAUGUCAUACAAAAAUCUCAUUCAUCAGUUAAAAAUGUCUCUCCUGUCAUGGAAAUUUACUAUUUUUUUUAAUUAAAAUGAUUUGAGUGUUAGAUAACAAAAUAUUUGUUUCAUUUUCACCCAUUUGAGGUUUUAUUACAGAAGCAGAAUUCAGGAAAAAUCUAUCUUGACAGGAUACAAAUGUUUUUCAAUUUCUUUCCAGCUCCCUUGAAUGCAGCUUUAAGUGAUUAAUAUCCUGUGUGUGAUUGUUGGACAGAAGCGUUUGGUGUUCAGUGUUAGGCAGAGAUGUGGAAGUUCUGGCCUUAUAUCCUCUCGGGGGAUUCCUCUUUAUUAAACUGAUUUAUCUCUGU